GCGGGGCCGGCCGCGCUUCCGGGGCCGGCGGUGACGCGCGCGGCCGGCGCUCGGCAGCGGGGACGGGCGGGACAUGGGAGCUUAAAGGGGCGGCCCGGCGCGGCGUGAGGGAGCGGCGGUGGCGGCGCCGGGGGAAGGUUCUCUUUAACGUGAUUACUUGCAAGUAGUAUUUCCUCAUCAUGGAUGAGCUAUCACCUGAAGAAAUUCAGCUGAGGGCCAACCAGGUCACCGAUGAGUCUCUGGAAAGCACAAGGAGGAUUCUUGGCUUGGCCAUUGAGUCCCAGGAUGUUGGCAUCAAAACUAUUAGCAUGCUGGAUGAACAAGGAGAACAAUUAAAUCGUAUAGAAGAAGGCAUGGACCAGAUAAAUAAGGACAUGAGAGAAGCUGAGAAGACACUGACAGAGCUCAACAAAUGUUGUGGGCUCUGUGUCUGUCCUUGUAACAGGACAAAGAACUUUGAGGCCAGCAAAGCAUACAGAGCAACCUGGGGAGAUGGAACGGAGAACUCAGCAGAUCAUGUGAUCUCCAUGCAACCAAGAAGUAUAAAUCGACAGCAGCCUCAGACUUCUGGAGGCCCAAGUGGGGGAUAUAUUACAAGGAUAACCAAUGAUGCCAGAGAAGAUGAAAUGGAUGAAAAUCUUGCUCAAGUUGGAAACAUUCUUGGGAAUUUGAAAAACAUGGCUUUGGACAUGGGCAAUGAGAUUGAUGCCCAGAAUAAGCAAAUAGACCGGAUAAAUGUAAAGGCUGAUACAAACAGGGAACGCAUUGAGCAAGCAAACGUCAGAGCCAAGAAACUAAUUGAAAAUUAAAGCUGCUGUCAUUGUUCAAUGACAGCCUCUCCAGCUGCAAGCCACCAUAUUCAUGGAUCUGUGAAACUUCUG